AUGAAGCUUUUCUGUUUUUUUCUUCUCGUUUGUAUCUAAACUUUUGAUUUGCAUUAUGCAUCUGAUUCAAAAGCUCUUUGUUUGGAUGGAUCACCAGCUGUAUUAUUCAUAUGAUUAUUUUAGUCAUAUUAUAAAGCUUAAGGAUAUGAAUCUGGAGCUAAGAAUUACAUACUACAUUUUUAAGGAGGAGCGUAAUUAUAUAUUAUUAAUUAUUUUAGAAGAAUUACUGGAAUAACUUAAAAUGAACUUAUUUAUUAAGCAUAUAUGAGGUUCAUAUAGUAAUUAUAUAUAGAUCCAAAACAAAACUAGGAAGUUCAGAGAAUCUCAGUAAAUAAGCAGAUUUUGAAGGCAUGUUCUCAAGAAAUUAGAAAAAGAAUCCAUAUUAUUAUAAUUGGAACUUAAUUCACUUGAACUAUUGUGAUGGGUCAUGUAAAAUUCAUUCUAUACUUUAGUACACUAAGGUUAUAAAUCAGAACCAGUUUCUUUUAUGGGAACAUCCUUGUAUUUUAGAGGUGACGCAAUCGUUAAAUCAUUUUUAUCAGAUUUAUAUAUGGAGCUGUCGUAGGCUAAUAUUGUAGUUAUAUCUGGUUGUUCUGCUGGUGGAAAUGCAGCUUAUUUUUGGAUUGAAUAUAUAAAAGCAUUAUUACCUUUAAAGGUAACUGUUUAUGGAGUACCAGACUCAGGAAUGCCAUUAGAUUUGGUUGCUAUUGAUGGAACAGAUUAUCAAAAAGAAUCUCUUAUAUAAUUAAUUGAUUUUGUAAAUGAAGAAGUAACUCAUCCUAAUAAAGAAUGUGUUCAUAAAUUUUCAAAAGAAAAAUGGAAAUGUUACUAUGUUCAAUAUUUACUUGAAUUUAUUGAAACUCCUCUAUUUAUUGUUCAAUCUUUAUAUGAUUAUUAUAGUCUCACUUACAGAUUUAAAGUAGAUUGUGCAUUGGACUAUUCAUUAAACAAUUGUUCUUAAGAAGAAUUAAAUUUUGCAUAAAAUUUAUACAAAUAAAAUUAUGAAAUCUUAACUAAAAGAAAAUAAGAUCAUCCUGAAACUGGUGCAUUUGCACCAAGUUGUUUAGAACACUGUUUUUUAUUAAAUGAUUACUAUGAUUCUGAAAAUUGGGAAGUUCCAGGAGAAUCAGGAAAUACAAUUCAAGUUGCAUUAAAUAAUUGGUUAAAUUCUAAAUCAAAUCCUGAAAAUAAUUUUUAUGUUGAUGAUGUUUAAUGGCCAGGUAAUAAAAAAUGUUCAAAUAGUGACAUCAAUAAUUAUUCCACAAUAUUCAAUUUGAUUAUCCUUAUUAUAUUAUAAAUUAUUUGA